GUCAAAUUUUUAGCGACCGAUGAGACGACGACAGCUCGAUUGUAAAAGCUGCGAAUUUUUAUGUGAUUUUGUAAAUUGUGAGGGCUAAGAAAAUAAAGAAAAAGUCGCUAGUGAUUUUAUCAAAUUGUAUACGAGUGUGAAACAAUAAGAAAUAUGCGUAAACGCAAGUUGAAGUGCUAAAAAGACGAAUGCAAAUAUAAUUGAAAUCAGGCGAGCAUUAAUUACGAUUAAAAUAUAUAUAUAAACUGAAUUGAAUCAGAAAGGAAUGGAAAAGUGAAAUAGUGUGGCCAGCGCGAAAAACGUGAACAUAUAGCAAUUGAAUAUAUAGCAAAGAACAUAAAGACAUCGCGGUGGAGAUCUUUGGGAUUUUGCCGAUUUCAUUUCAUCAUUUGCGGUAGCUGCGAAUUAUUUUCGCAGCGCGAACAUUACUUCCAUAUGUAUAUCCAAACUCCAGAAAAUUGUUGAAAAACAAUGACAUCAAAAAGAUUUGUGAAAUUUGAAUUCUAAAUUCAAAGCCCCAUACAGUAAUCUUCCUAAACUCUCUUGUGUAAUUCCUCCAGUUUAUUUCAGCACCAUAAGCUGCAGGAAUAAGCUGUGUAUUAAUUAAUUGUCUAUUGUCUGCAAUACAUACAUACACACGCACACACAACAUCAGGUAGUUGAUUAACGUGAGAGAGCAACAACUAUCGCCAGCUUUCAAAGUAUUUUUAUGUUGCAGACAGAAAAGUACGAGUUAGCUGCUGAUCGUACUCUGGAACUUGUGGGUAAUAAUAUAUUCAAAAGAAAGCUUAGAGUUAAAAUUAAAAGAUUGAGAGCAUACAAUUUUGAGGAAAAUAUGACCACAGAUACCCGCCGACGUGUUAAAUUGUACGCUUUGAAUGCGGAGCGGCAAUGGGAUGAUCGCGGCACAGGACAUGUAUCUUCGAAUUAUGUCGACAGGCUUAAAGGUAUUUCAUUGCUGGUGCGUGCCGAAUCGGAUGGUUCUUUACUUUUGGAAAGUAAAAUUCAACCCGACACCGCCUACCAAAAACAACAGGACACACUGAUCGUUUGGUCAGAGGGCGACAAUUUCGAUUUGGCGUUAAGCUUUCAAGAGAAGGCUGGUUGUGAUGAAAUAUGGGAGAAAAUUUGUCAGGUUCAAGGUAAAGAUCCAUCGGUUGAGAUCACUCAAGACAUCGUUGAGGAAUCCGAAGAUGAACGUUUCGAAGAUAUGUCCGACACGGCACCGCCCAUCGAAUUGCCGCCCUGUGAACUGGCACGUCUGGAGGAGAUCUCCGAAACCAUACAGAAUUGUUUGACCACACCGUUGCGAAAAGAGAAACUUUCCAUGGCUUUGGAAUCUGAAAAUUAUAUCAAAAAAUUAUUGAAUCUAUUCCAUGUAUGCGAAGAUCUCGACAAUACCGAAGGUUUACAUCAUCUCUUCGAGAUCUUCAAGAACAUAUUCCUAUUAAACAAGAAUGCAUUGUUCGAGAUUAUGUUCGCUGAAGAUACUAUUUUCGAUGUGGUUGGCUGCCUAGAGUAUGAUCCCAGUUCCACUCAACCAAAGAAGCAUCGUCAGUAUUUAAAACAAUGGGCCAAGUUCCGCGAAGCAGUGCCGAUUAAAAAUCAAGAUCUGCUCGCUAAAAUCCACCAAACGUUCCGUGUACAAUACAUACAAGACAUCAUAUUGCCAACACCAUCGGUAUUUGUCGAAGAUAACAUGUUAAACACGCUAUCCAGUUUUAUAUUCUUCAAUAAAGUGGAAAUUGUCACACUUAUACAAGAAGAUGAGCGCUUCCUGGUGGAUAUGUUUACCAUUUUAACAGAUCCAAGUACCAGCGAUGCCAAGCGUCGCGAUAUUGUGCUAUUCUUAAAGGAAUUUUGCAAUUAUGCACAGAACUUGCAACCACAGGGCAAAGACUCUUUCUACAAGACACUCACCUGUUUGGGUAUACUGCAAGCUUUGGAGAUAACACUGGUGAUGAACGAUCAAAAGACAAAGUCGGCUUCAAUCGAUAUACUCACAGCGAUUGUGGAGUUUUCACCGUUGGUGGUGCGCAACUACACACUACAGCAGCUCAAUCGCACAGAAGGUGAUCGUAUGCUAUUGAAUAUUGCCAUUGAACAAAUGUUGAGCGAUUCCGAGCCCGAACUCGGUGUCGCAGUGCAAUUAAUGGGCAUCAUAAAAAUUUUAUUGGAACCCGAAAGUAUGCUAACGGAGAAGGCAGAUUUUUUGAAUUUCUUCUACAAGCACAGCAUACAAACGCUGAUUGCUCCACUACUUAUUAACACAAUCGGCGAUCGUCCAGAUAGUGAAGACUACCAAACCGCACAAUUGCUUGGCAUUGUCCUGGAUAUAUUGUCAUUUUGUGUGGAACAUCAUACUUAUCAUAUUAAAAAUUUUAUCAUACAAAAAGAUCUCCUAAAGAGAAUACUUGUGCUUAUGAAAAGCACACAUACGUUCCUCGUACUUGGCGCACUUAGACUUUUAAGGAAAAUUAUUGCACUUAAAGACGAGUUUUAUAAUAGGCAUAUAGUUAAAGGUAACUUAUUUGCACCAGUUGUUGACGCAUUCAUUAGAAAUAAUGGCAGAUAUAAUUUACUCGAAUCGGCUAUACUGGAAUUGUUUGAGUUUGUAAAACUUGAGGAUAUCAAAACACUUUGCGUCUACUUCGUGGAGAAUUUCAGUAAAAUAUUUGAUGAAAUCGAAUAUGUACAAACAUUUAAAUAUCUCAAAAACCGCUACGAUCAGUAUCAAGACCGAAUAAAGGAUCGCGACAAGAUGUCGCUGGAUACUAGCUUACCGAUUAUACGUAGUCGCUUCCGCCGCGAUCCGCGACAGAUGGACGACGAAGAAGAGAUGUGGUUCAAUGAGGAAGAAGAUUUCGCCGAUGAAUAUGAUACUUACAAUAGCGUGAUGAAAUCCGUCACCGAAAAGAAUGGCCCUUCACAAUCUCCGUCACAACAAUCAUCGAUACAACAAAAAUCGCCACCACAAGGCGCAUUGCUAGGCAGCAGUAGCAGCGUGAAUAGUUUGAGCUCCACAACGACCACGGCAACGACACUAACACCGGCUGUAGGCGUGAGCGGUGUUGGCGGUGUAUCAUCCAUCAGCGGUGUGAGUCUCAGCGAUGUGGUUUCAAACGCGUCCAACAGUAGUAGCCUUGACCAUUCACAGUCUGCCGCUGCUGCCACACAGGCGCAUUUAGGUGCAGCUGCUGUGGCCGCCAACAUUGCGCUCCACCAUCAACAGCAAACGGCAUUGCAUAAUUUCCAACAACAACAGCAGCUAAAUUUAAAUAGCACCCUAGUGGCAGCAGCUGCAGCCGCCGCGGCUGGUGUGGCCAGUACAUCGGCAGCUAGUGCCGCACAUUUAGAGGCGCAAAAUCAGCAUCAACAUCAACAUCCCGAACAUACACACGAGGAUCCCGAUAUUGUUGAAUUGCGUCAGCAUUUGGUUUCCAUUGUACCACAGCAUCAAGAAUUGGCAUUAGCCGCUGCCGCAACGUCAUCGUCAACUGCCGUCACAGGGUCCGCAUCAUCAGCGGUCGCCGCGCUGCAAUCGCAGUCAUUAUCAUCCACAUCGAUAGCGACACCAUCCACUUCGAGCGCGUUGUCUGAGUCGGCGGUCGCCGCCGCAGCAGCAGCCUCACAACUGCUAACAUCAAUUGCAUCGAGCGAUGCCGUCGCCGCGGUGGCAGCGGCUGCAGCCGCAGCUGUCGCAGCCACAGUGACUGGCGUGACGCCCAAUAUGGGUAGCGGCGGUGGUGUAGUGACUGCGGCGAACUUGGCAGCGGCUGCAAAUGCUGCGGACACGCUGGCGCUCAAUGUUGGCAAGCACAACGAUAGUGUCGAUAAUAUGGGUAACGGUAAUGGCAAAGAUGGCGCUAUUUCGUCCGUCGUGACUGGGAAGAAGGGUCUCGUCGACUAUGAGAGCGAUUCAGGCGAUGAGGAUGACUACGAGGAGGAGGAAGAGGAGGAGUCGCCGCAUCAGAAGAAGCCACGCAUGGCAUAGCAAAAUUACGCUACAAAUGCAGCGGCUGCAGCGGCGGCGGCAGCAGCAGCAGCGGCAGCGGCAGCUGCAGAAUCAAUUAUUAAAACAUUCGCAACAAUGUCUUCAA